CCACAACCGACCCAGAGCUCGGCAGCCGCGCGUCCCGUAUGCCUUCGCCCUCUCCGGGGUAGACCUCGGCGUCUGUGCCACCCACCCCCCACCCCUCCUCCUCCCCAGGAAGGAAACCUAAAGUGGGCAAGCACGGGGUGAGCAUGUUGGAAACCGGCAGGAAGGUGUUCAAGGAAGGCGUGCUGGAGAAGAGGAGCGAUGGCCUGCUGCAGCUGUGGAAGAAGAAGCUGUGCGUCCUGACCGAGGACGGCGUGCUCCUGCUGCCGCCCAAGCAGCACGAUCACCCGCAGCACCAGCCGCCGCACCACCUCCACCGCGGGGAAGACUCCGGCAAAGUCAAGGAGCUCCACUUCGCUAACAUGAAAACCGUGGACUGCGUGGAGCGCAAGGGCAAGUACGUCUACUUCACCGUGGUCAUGUCCGAGGGCAAGGAGAUCGACUUCAGGUGUCCGCAGGACGAGGGCUGGAACGCGGAGAUCACCUUGCAAAUGGUCCAGUACAAGAACCGCCAGGCCAUCCUGGCCGUCAAGUCCACCCGGCAGAAGCAGCAGCUGCUCGUCGUUCACAUGCCGGGACAGAGCCACAAGACCCUGCGGAGCUCGCCGAACGUGGCGUGACGUGCCCGGCGAGUCCGGCGGACAUUCGAGCGCCGUCUGCGGAUAAAAUUGGACACUGGAAGAUGAACAUCGACUUCCACCCCUGCCGCAUCAGCACCGAUUCUCUAAGACAAGCCUCCCCGAGCCCCAUCCAUGUUUCCACGGAAACCUUUCCCCCCCCACUGAUACACGGACUUCCUCCACGAAAGACUCAUGGACUAACAAAAAAUAAACAAAAAAAAGCAUGUGAGAAAACAAAAAGUGCGGCGGACCGUGCGGUUAUUUAUUGAUAUGUAUAUAUUUUUUCUAUGAGUGUGUUCAAUGGGAAGUCCAUUAUUGGGAAUAAGCCUUUAUUUGUACUGUCGUUGUCUUAUUAACAGGUAGGUCGGCAUCAUCGAACCAAAGAUUCCUUUCCAGAUGUGAUUUUUCUUGUUUUUAAUGAACGGGAUUAUUAGCCACGGUAGCCUGUAUGGAAGUCUUAAACCUGAUGUUAGCGUGUGAACUGACUUAUGCUAUACUAAUGGGGAGUUCAGGAGCGUAGUCGUCAUAUUGGCUAAAAGGUGAAGCCAUUUUCUUGGUUGUUGAAGCCCGGCACACGCAACUUGGCCAAGCUCCAAUGCUGGCCGUUAGCCUGUUAGCUAAUGUCACCAGCUAACAAAGCGCCUGCUUUACAAGAGUCAAAAGUGUGUAAUGUGAGUCAACUCUUUCCAUAUAUUAACCAUUUUUUAAAAUCAUUUGUGGCGUUAGCCUGGCACUAACCUACACUCUCCUGUGUUUAGCCUUUCGCUAAGGCAUUUGUCGUCAUUAGCGUUACGCUAACAAGGCACCGCAAAUGUACAAUGGUGCGUUUGUGUUUUAUCUGUAAAAAAAAAAAAAAAGGAUAAUAUGACACCUCCUCGUGAUUUUUUUUGUUUCACACCACUUUGUGUGUUACAUUUUGGCCACCAUUUUAAAAUAAGGGGUAACUUGAUGAAGGGUUAAUCAAUUGUUCACAAUGAAAUUUUAAGCCAUUACUUAGCUUAGAAAAUAUGUUGAUAGGUAACAAACUCCACUUAAAUUGACUAGCUCAUUAUUUGGCAAGACCAAACGACUUCUAAGCCUUUAUUUUUCCUGUUGUCUACCUAAUGUGGAAUGUUUAUCGUAAAUUUGUUAAUGAGCAAUUAGCAUCUAUUUCAAACAGAAUAUAUAUAAAAUUAUGACAAUUUAAAAUUAGUUAAAUUGAGGCUGCAUUGCAGUCAUCUGUGACCACAAAUUGCUCGUUAAAAAACAAUCUGUCUCACUAUUUUGCUGUUUUUCCCUGUUGUGAGCGUCUACCUUUUUUAGAAGUGGCAAAAGCAAGCCUUGCCGUAGUAAGUGUAAUUCACGAGCAAUGCGCUAGAACCAAAUGUGGGCUCACUAUUUGACAUGCUCGCUCUCACCGUUCCACUCUGACUUGUCACAGUUUCCAAGGGAAUUAUCACCGAUGACUGUUUUCCUUGAAUUGUGUUCAAAUCUUGAGUUUUUGGAAUCUAAACUUGUAUCUCUAACUUGUAUGUUUAUGACGUUAUGGCAUGUUGUCCUCCUCAAUUCACUGUCAAAACAACUUUUUUAGUAUACAGCAUCAUAAACAGUCUUGAGACUAUGAUUGACAAUUUUUUUUUUUUUUUUUUUUAACCCUUUCUAAAUGUGCCAUCUUCAAAGUAUUAACCCUCUUUUGGGUUAUUCAGGGAUGUGUGUCAUGAUUGGCAAUUAUUUCAAACAGCCUUACUUCACAAGGCGGCUCUGAGUUGAUUUUCCCAGUGGCUCGUGUUGAUCGUGUGAGUCCUUUUCGAGAGCGUAUGUCGGCCGAAUUAACACACGCGUCGGUGUUGUUGUCAUCUCCCACACGCAGGGCGAUCGCUCUGCCCUUUAUCUCUCCUUCGCUGCACCCCACUGACAUGUCUCUUGGCUAUCGUCCAUUUUCUUUUACUUCAAGAUCUAUUUUCAUACCUUCAAAUGAUACAUUCCAUUAAAAAAUAUAUC